AUGUCGGAUCCGAGGUAUCCUCAAGGCUAUCCGCCUCCGCAGGGUUACCCAGGGUAUCCUCCUCAGGGUUACCCCCCACAGCAAGGCGGUUAUCCUCCGCAGCAGGGUUACCCGCCGCCACCCGCCGGUUACCCCCCUCAAGGGUAUCCUCCACAGGGUUACCCACCCGCCGGUUACCCCCCUCAGGGAUACCCCCCACAGGGUUACCCGCCUCCCGCCGGCUAUCCCCCUCAAGGAUACCCGCCUGCCGGUUAUCCAUCUGGUUCUGCGUACCCCGCACCCCACGGUUACCCAGCUGGUCAUGUGGCUCACGUGCAUGUAGCCCAUCACAAAAAGCACAAGAAGGGGAAGUACAAGGGUUUCAUUGGCAAGCGCAAGGGAUACCCCCCACAGGGUUACCCCCCUCAAGGAUACCCGCCUGCCGGUUAUCCGUCUGGUUCUGCGUACCGCGCACCCCACGGCUAUCCAGGUGGCCAUGUGGCUCACGUGCAUAUGGGCCACCACCACCACAAGCACAAGUACAAGCACAAGGGGAGGAAGCACAAGGGCUUCUAUGGCAAGCACAAAGGCUUCUAUGGCAAACGCAAGGGCUUCUAUGGCAAACGCAAGGGACUGCGCGUGCGGAGAUUGAUCGCCGAGCGCGUCGCUGCGCUGCGCGACUUGGCUGUGGCCGUGGUGCGGAGCCGCUGGCACUACCUCUUAAUCGACUUCCUCCUCGUCGCGCUGGUGGCCGUGCAGCUGUGGCGCCACGUGUCGCAAGGCGAUUGGAGCAGCCGGCCGCCUGUUGCGGAUCUCGAGGAGAUGAAACUUGAGAGCAGCGCGGACGGGCUACCGAGUUUCUUCGCCUGGCCACCCGCCUCCGAUCCGCAAGCCUCCCCUCCCUCUCCAUCCUCGCUAAGAGCUGACUCGGUUAAAGAGGAUUUCCGCCUGUCAAAGUCACUCUCGUCACAGUCACAACGGAUCUCGGCAGAUGUAGUCUCGUUAGUGGCGACCCCGGGAUUGCAGCAACUGCGGGGAAAGCCCGCGCUACAGACGCAGCCGUUGAUUCUGACUCACUCUGAGACGCGCAAAUCUGAGCCGUCGGAUGAUUCGUCAAAUCCGGUGGCUGGAAGCAGCACAUCUGAGAAUGCAGCUGCUGGUAUUCUGGAUGCUGACGUGGCAGUAAAGCUGUACAGUGCUGCGACAGGUUCUGACGCGGCAUCUAGUCAUGAUGACGUGGGACCAUCAAUCUCAUGGAUUCCCCGGACACCAGAUCUUCCACUCUGCUGGACGUCCACGUCAGCAGAGCCAACAUCCCCGUUACAAGUAGCACCAGAACCCGCUAUAACGCAAGGCGGACUGUUUGUAUACGGCAGCGGCUGUUCCUUCUGCACUGUAGGCCAGACCUGCACGUUCUUCAUCAGCGUCGAAUCGCCAGGCGCCACGUGGACACUCCCUCCCGUUGCUGACGCGACCAGCAAUGAUAGCAGCAGCAGCACCACCACCACCACAACCACCACCGCCACCGCCACAGCAUCACCAUUCAGCUAUCCCUCAAACUCAUCCGUGCUGGGCGAUCCUCAACAAGCUGCUCCGCCCGCCAACUCAUCUGUGCUGAACAAUCCUCAACCAUCUGCUCCGCCCGCUGCUGCCAACUCGUCCGUGCUGAGUUGGUGGAAGCGUGAGCUCGCUCUCUCCCUCACCGGCCCCUCGCUGCUCCACGCCGACCCUGUCUGUGCCGACCCUCCCGCCUGCUCCCGGUUUGUCGUCGCUUUCCGAGCCUGGGAUGCUGGGACGUACUGGGCUUCCCUCCAUGCAGGAUGCUCCAACCUCCUCCUUACACCCUCAUCUUCCUCUUCUUCCUCCUCCUCCUAUUCCUCCCCUUCUAAUGCUGACGUCACUCAUGACGUGGCAGCAUGGACCAUCACAAUCCUCCCCUCGCCGCACACACUCCCACCCAACACACCACCCACCUCUCUAAACGAAGCAGCAGUCACCAGCCGGCCAUCUCUUAACGAAGCAGACAAUAGCGAGGAUUUCACGCGCCGGCUGCUGCUGCUGGCGACGGCAGGGCAGUCGAGCGUGGGAGGCGAGGCAGCAAGCGCAGAGGAGCGAGUAGGAAACUCCACCCUCAAAUAUCGGACCACUGGAGGGGAAUUAGUUCCUCCUGGGACGUCAUUUGAGCCGCUUCCAGACGCUGCUCCUGGCGACGGCAGGGCAGGCAGCGGAAAGGAGAAUGUAGGAAACUCUGUACUAGCUUCCCAUGCACCUCAAGCAGACUCGGCCGCUCCUGGGCUGCCACGUGUUCUAAAAGAGAGAGCACAGGAAUCCGAGAAGAGAGAAGAGAACGAGGAAAAGGAUGAGACGCAGGUGACUAGCAGAGACGGUGAACAGGAACGGGAGGCAGACGGGAGCGGUAGCCUGUGCAGCGGGUCAGUAAUGGGGAGAUGGCUUGAGAUAAAUUCCCAGACUGAUGCUGACAGUGAAAAGGUCAACGCCAACGCCAGUGGCAGUGGCAGUGGCAGGGGCAUUGGCAGCAGGAGCAGCAAGAGCAGCAAGAGCAAAGCCACAUGGAAGUGGGUACCCUUCCCCUGUGCCCCACCAGAGACCCCAGUGGGCGAGUGGAUCUCCUCCCUCACCCGGCGAGGAAUCAGGGAGAUCUCGAUCGCGGGGGACUCGCACCACCGCAUGCUUGCCGCCCACCUCUUCUACAUGCUGUCGGGCCAGGCCGACCUGAGGAACAGAAAGGGGCGGCACGACUUGGCGUUUGUGGCGCGGAACGGGAGGAACGAGACGCUGCGGAUUAAUUUCUACUGGGUGGAUGGGAUCUACCGCAACGACGAGUUCGGCUGCACGCACCGAGGGGCCUUUUCACAGCAUUACGAUUCCUUCCCCAACAUCUCCCUCUCAAGUGACGUCAUCAUCAUCAACAGUGGCUAUUGGGCCGGCAAGCGUUGUCUGCAUCCGCUCUCCGCCCUCCGCACCCACCUCCCUGAAUACCUUGCCUGGGCCCGAUCCCAAGCCUCCUCUGCUGCUGCUGCCGCGCCUGCUGCUGCUUCUUCUGCUGCCCAAGAAGCCUCCUCUGCUGCCGACGCUGCUGCUGCAUCUGCCAACAACCCUGCUGAUCCUUCUCCUGCAGGUUCAGACCCAAGUGGUUCAGGCUUUGAAGAUCAACCAGCAGCAGCAGCAGCAGCAGCAGCAGCAGCAGCAGCAGCAGCCUCCCUGACAGCAGGUGCAUUCUCAUCCCCCCUCUCUCCAGCACCAAGCGGCGGGGCCAGCCUUCGGGGGACUUCAGCUGCUGCUGUGAGCAGGCAUUCCGCCGCCACCGACGCCAACGAGGCGUCGCUGGAUUCGUCCGAGUGGUCGCUCUCGGACAAGCUCGUCGCAGGGCGACCAACAACCGUCGCAGGGCGACCAGCUGCCGUCGCAGGCGACGCAACGGGGUCGCAGGAGCGGGGCAGCGGCGACGCUGCGAGCGACGUCGCGGGCGACAGCCGCGGACGCGGACAGGGAGAAGCCGGCGAGGGGGGGCGGCACCGAGAGGGGGGCGUGGCGGCGGAUGGGGAAAAAGGGAAAGCCAAGGAGGAGGAGAAGUUCGAACACGUUUGUUAUUCUUCUUCAGCCCACACACCAUGUUCUUGCGCAUUCACCUCACGCGCGGAGGUGGUGGUGGGUGGAAGUGGGUGUGGGUGGGCGGGAGUGCAUUGCCUCAUGUUCUUUAUCUCCUUCCCCCAACGUUCAAAAUCGUCCCCGACGGGGUCCUCUCUCCCCGUUUCUCUGUCCCCCGUCUCUCCCCCCAUCAGCCCCAUGGAAGGGCCACUAUGUGGUUCCGCGCAACCACCUUCCCCCGGGAGUGGUGGUGGGCGGAAAGGGGUGUGCGCGCUGUGUGCGCGGAAGGGAGUGCGGCAUGCGCGUUUGGAUCAACGCCCCGGCCAGCUGGGUGCAGGUGGGUUAGAGAUGGGUGCUGCUGGGUUUGGGAUGGGUGCUGGUGGUGCUAUGAGAUGGGUGCAUGGGUGCAGGAGGGUAUUUGAUGGGUGCAGGUGGGGAUUGCAUCUCCAUCAUCGCCCUCACUCACACCUUCCCUCGUCGCCCUCACUCACACCUUCCCUCGUUGCCCUCACUCACACCUUCCCUCAUCUCCCUCACUCACACCUUCCCUCAUCUCCCUCACUCACACCUUCCCUCAUCUCCCUCACUCACACCUUCCCUCAUCUCCCUCACUCACACCUUCCCUCAUCUCCCUCACUCACACCUUCCCUCAUCUCCCUCACUCACACCUUCCCUCAUCUCCCUCACUCACACCUUCCCUCAUCUCCCUCACUCACACCUUCCCUCAUCUCCCUCACUCACACCUUCCCUCAUCUCCCUCACUCACACCUUCCCUCAUCUCCCUCACUCACACCUUCCCUCAUCUCCCUCACUCACACCUUCCCUCAUCUCCCUCACUCACACCUUCCCUCAUCUCCCUCACUCACACCUUCCCUCAUCUCCCUCACUCACACCUUCCCUCAUCUCCCUCACUCACACCUUCCCUCAUCUCCCUCACUCACACCUUCCCUCAUCUCCCUCACUCACACCUUCCCUCAUCUCCCUCACUCACACCUUCCCUCAUCUCCCUCACUCACACCUUCCCUCAUCUCCCUCACUCACACCUUCCCUCAUCUCCCUCACUCACACCUUCCCUCAUCUCCCUCACUCACACCUUCCCUCAUCUCCCUCACUCACACCUUCCCUCAUCUCCCUCACUCACUCAUCUCCCUCACUCACACCUUCCCUCAUCUCCCUCACUCACACCUUCCUCAUCUCCCUCACUCACACCUUCCCUCAUCUCCCUCACUCACACCUUCCCUCAUCUCCCUCACUCACACCUUCCCUCAUCUCCCUCACUCACAACCUUCCCUCAUCUCCCUCACUCACACCUUCCCUCAUCUCCCUCACUCACACCUUCCCUCAUCUCCCUCACUCACACCUUCCCUCAUCUCCCUCACUCACACCUUCCCUCAUCUCCCUCACUCACACCUUCCCUCAUCUCCCUCACUCACACCUUCCCUCAUCUCCCUCACUCACAACCUUCCCUCAUCUCCCUCACUCACACCUUCCCUCAUCUCCCUCACUCACAACCUUCCCUCAUCUCCCUCACUCACACCUUCCCUCAUCUCCCUCACUCACACCUUCCCUCAUCUCCCUCACUCACACCUUCCCUCAUCUCCCUCACUCACACCUUCCCUCAUCUCCCUCACUCACACCUUCCCUCAUCUCCCUCACUCACACCUUCCCUCAUCUCCCUCACUCACACCUUCCCUCAUCUCCCUCACUCACACCUUCCCUCAUCUCCCUCACUCACACCUUCCCUCAUCUCCCUCACUCACACCUUCCCUCAUCUCCCUCACUCACACCUUCCCUCAUCUCCCUCACUCACACCUUCCCUCAUCUCCCUCACUCACACCUUCCCUCAUCUCCCUCACUCACACCUUCCCUCAUCUCCCUCACUCACACCUUCCCUCAUCUCCCUCACUCACACCUUCCCUCAUCUCCCUCACUCACACCUUCCCUCAUCUCCCUCACUCACACCUUCCCUCAUCUCCCUCACUCACACCUUCCCUCAUCUCCCUCACUCACACCUUCCCUCAUCUCCCUCACUCACACCUUCCCUCAUCUCCCUCACUCACAACACCUUCCCUCAUCUCCCUCACUCACACCUUCCCUCAUCUCCCUCACUCACACCUUCCCUCAUCUCCCUCACUCACACCUUCCCUCAUCUCCCUCACUCACACCUUCCCUCAUCUCCCUCACUCACACCUUCCCUCAUCUCCCUCACUCACACCUUCCCUCAUCUCCCUCACUCACACCUUCCCUCAUCUCCCUCACUCACACCUUCCCUCAUCUCCCUCACUCACACCUUCCCUCAUCUCCCUCACUCACACCUUCCCUCAUCUCCCUCACUCACACCUUCCCUCAUCUCCCUCACUCACACCUUCCCUCAUCUCCCUCACUCACACCUUCCCUCAUCUCCCUCACUCACACCUUCCCUCAUCUCCCCUCCCUCACUCACACCUUCCCUCAUCUCCCUCACUCACACCUUCCCUCAUCUCCCUCACUCACACCUUCCCUCAUCUCCCUCACUCACACCUUCCCUCAUCUCCCUCACUCACACCUUCCCUCAUCUCCCUCACUCACACCUUCCCUCAUCUCCCUCACUCACACCUUCCCUCAUCUCCCUCACUCACACCUUCCCUCAUCUCCCUCACUCACACCUUCCCUCAUCUCCCUCACUCACACCUUCCCUCAUCUCCCUCACUCACAACCUUCCCUCAUCUCCCUCACUCACACCUUCCCUCAUCUCCCUCACUCACACCUUCCCUCAUCUCCCUCACUCACACCUUCCCUCAUCUCCCUCACUCACACCUUCCCUCAUCUCCCUCACUCACACCUUCCCUCAUCUCCCUCACUCACACCUUCCCUCAUCUCCCUCACUCACACCUUCCCUCAUCUCCCUCACUCACACCUUCCCUAUCUCCCUCACUCACACCUUCCCUCAUCUCCCUCACUCACACCUUCCCUCAUCUCCCUCACUCACACCUUCCCUCAUCUCCCUCACUCACACCUUCCCUCAUCUCCCUCACUCACACCUUCCCUCAUCUCCCUCACUCACACCUUCCCUCAUCUCCCUCACUCACACCUUCCCUCAUCUCCCUCACUCACACCUUCCCUCAUCUCCCUCACUCACACCUUCCCUCAUCUCCCUCACUCACACCUUCCCUCAUCUCCCUCACUCACACCUUCCCUCAUCUCCCUCACUCACACCUUCCCUCAUCUCCCUCACUCACACCUUCCCUCAUCUCCCUCACUCACACCUUCCCUCAUCUCCCUCACUCACACCUUCCCUCAUCUCCCUCACUCACACCUUCCCUCAUCUCCCUCACUCACACCUUCCCUCAUCUCCCUCACUCACACCUUCCCUCAUCUCCCUCACUCACACCUUCCCUCAUCUCCCUCACUCACACCUUCCCUCAUCUCCCUCACUCACACCUUCCCUCAUCUCCCUCACUCACACCUUCCCUCAUCUCCCUCACUCACACCUUCCCUCAUCUCCCUCACUCACACCUUCCCUCAUCUCCCUCACUCACACCUUCCCUCAUCUCCCUCACUCACACCUUCCCUCAUCUCCCUCACUCACACCUUCCCUCAUCUCCCUCACUCACACCUUCCCUCAUCUCCCUCACUCACACCUUCCCUCAUCUCCCUCACUCACACCUUCCCUCAUCUCCCUCACUCACACCUUCCCUCAUCUCCCUCACUCACACCUUCCCUCAUCUCCCUCACUCACACCUUCCCUCAUCUCCCUCACUCACACCUUCCCUCAUCUCCCUCACUCACACCUUCCCUCAUCUCCCUCACUCACACCUUCCCUCAUCUCCCUCACUCACACCUUCCCUCAUCUCCCUCACUCACACCUUCCCUCAUCUCCCUCACUCACACCUUCCCUCAUCUCCCUCACUCACACCUUCCCUCAUCUCCCUCACUCACACCUUCCCUCAUCUCCCUCACUCACACCUUCCCUCAUCUCCCUCACUCACACCUUCCCUCAUCUCCCUCACUCACACCUUCCCUCAUCUCCCUCACUCACACCUUCCCUCAUCUCCCUCACUCACACCUUCCCUCAUCUCCCUCACUCACACCUUCCCUCAUCUCCCUCACUCACACCUUCCCUCAUCUCCCUCACUCACACCUUCCCUCAUCUCCCUCACUCACACCUUCCCUCAUCUCCCUCACUCACACCUUCCCUCAUCUCCCUCACUCACACCUUCCCUCAUCUCCCUCACUCACACCUUCCCUCAUCUCCCUCACUCACACCUUCCCUCAUCUCCCUCACUCACACCUUCCCUCAUCUCCCUCACUCACACCUUCCCUCAUCUCCCUCACUCACACCUUCCCUCAUCUCCCUCACUCACACCUUCCCUCAUCUCCCUCACUCACACCUUCCCUCAUCUCCCUCACUCACACCUUCCCUCAUCUCCCUCACUCACACCUUCCCUCAUCUCCCUCACUCACACCUUCCCUCAUCUCCCUCACUCACACCUUCCCUCAUCUCCCUCACUCACACCUUCCCUCAUCUCCCUCACUCACACCUUCCCUCAUCUCCCUCACUCACACCUUCCCUCAUCUCCCUCACUCACACCUUCCCUCAUCUCCCUCACUCACACCUUCCCUCAUCUCCCUCACUCACACCUUCCCUCAUCUCCCUCACUCACACCUUCCCUCAUCUCCCUCACUCACACCUUCCCUCAUCUCCCUCACUCACACCUUCCCUCAUCUCCCUCACUCACACCUUCCCUCAUCUCCCUCACUCACACCUUCCCUCAUCUCCCUCACUCACACCUUCCCUCAUCUCCCUCACUCACACCUUCCCUCAUCUCCCUCACUCACACCUUCCCUCAUCUCCCUCACUCACACCUUCCCUCAUCUCCCUCACUCACACCUUCCCUCAUCUCCCUCACUCACACCUUCCCUCAUCUCCCUCACUCACACCUUCCCUCAUCUCCCUCACUCACACCUUCCCUCAUCUCCCUCACUCACACCUUCCCUCAUCUCCCUCACUCACACCUUCCCUCAUCUCCCUCACUCACACCUUCCCUCAUCUCCCUCACUCACACCUUCCCUCAUCUCCCUCACUCACACCUUCCCUCAUCUCCCUCACUCACACCUUCCCUCAUCUCCCUCACUCACACCUUCCCUCAUCUCCCUCACUCACACCUUCCCUCAUCUCCCUCACUCACACCUUCCCUCAUCUCCCUCACUCACACCUUCCCUCAUCUCCCUCACUCACACCUUCCCUCAUCUCCCUCACUCACACCUUCCCUCAUCUCCCUCACUCACACCUUCCCUCAUCUCCCUCACUCACACCUUCCCUCAUCUCCCUCACUCACACCUUCCCUCAUCUCCCUCACUCACACCUUCCCUCAUCUCCCUCACUCACACCUUCCCUCAUCUCCCUCACUCACACCUUCCCUCAUCUCCCUCACUCACACCUUCCCUCAUCUCCCUCACUCACACCUUCCCUCAUCUCCCUCACUCACACCUUCCCUCAUCUCCCUCACUCACACCUUCCCUCAUCUCCCUCACUCACACCUUCCCUCAUCUCCCUCACUCACACCUUCCCUCAUCUCCCUCACUCACACCUUCCCUCAUCUCCCUCACUCACACCUUCCCUCAUCUCCCUCACUCACACCUUCCCUCAUCUCCCUCACUCACACCUUCCCUCAUCUCCCUCACUCACACCUUCCCUCAUCUCCCUCACUCACACCUUCCCUCAUCUCCCUCACUCACACCUUCCCUCAUCUCCCUCACUCACACCUUCCCUCAUCUCCCUCACUCACACCUUCCCUCAUCUCCCUCACUCACACCUUCCCUCAUCUCCCUCACUCACACCUUCCCUCAUCUCCCUCACUCACACCUUCCCUCAUCUCCCUCACUCACACCUUCCCUCAUCUCCCUCACUCACACCUUCCCUCAUCUCCCUCACUCACACCUUCCCUCAUCUCCCUCACUCACACCUUCCCUCAUCUCCCUCACUCACACCUUCCCUCAUCUCCCUCACUCACACCUUCCCUCAUCUCCCUCACUCACACCUUCCCUCAUCUCCCUCACUCACACCUUCCCUCAUCUCCCUCACUCACACCUUCCCUCAUCUCCCUCACUCACACCUUCCCUCAUCUCCCUCACUCACACCUUCCCUCAUCUCCCUCACUCACACCUUCCCUCAUCUCCCUCACUCACACCUUCCCUCAUCUCCCUCACUCACACCUUCCCUCAUCUCCCUCACUCACACCUUCCCUCAUCUCCCUCACUCACACCUUCCCUCAUCUCCCUCACUCACACCUUCCCUCAUCUCCCUCACUCACACCUUCCCUCAUCUCCCUCACUCACACCUUCCCUCAUCUCCCUCACUCACACCUUCCCUCAUCUCCCUCACUCACACCUUCCCUCAUCUCCCUCACUCACACCUUCCCUCAUCUCCCUCACUCACACCUUCCCUCAUCUCCCUCACUCACACCUUCCCUCAUCUCCCUCACUCACACCUUCCCUCAUCUCCCUCACUCACACCUUCCCUCAUCUCCCUCACUCACACCUUCCCUCAUCUCCCUCACUCACACCUUCCCUCAUCUCCCUCACUCACACCUUCCCUCAUCUCCCUCACUCACACCUUCCCUCAUCUCCCUCACUCACACCUUCCCUCAUCUCCCUCACUCACACCUUCCCUCAUCUCCCUCACUCACACCUUCCCUCAUCUCCCUCACUCACACCUUCCCUCAUCUCCCUCACUCACACCUUCCCUCAUCUCCCUCACUCACACCUUCCCUCAUCUCCCUCACUCACACCUUCCCUCAUCUCCCUCACUCACACCUUCCCUCAUCUCCCUCACUCACACCUUCCCUCAUCUCCCUCACUCACACCUUCCCUCAUCUCCCUCACUCACACCUUCCCUCAUCUCCCUCACUCACACCUUCCCUCAUCUCCCUCACUCACACCUUCCCUCAUCUCCCUCACUCACACCUUCCCUCAUCUCCCUCACUCACACCUUCCCUCAUCUCCCUCACUCACACCUUCCCUCAUCUCCCUCACUCACACCUUCCCUCAUCUCCCUCACUCACACCUUCCCUCAUCUCCCUCACUCACACCUUCCCUCAUCUCCCUCACUCACACCUUCCCUCAUCUCCCUCACUCACACCUUCCCUCAUCUCCCUCACUCACACCUUCCCUCAUCUCCCUCACUCACACCUUCCCUCAUCUCCCUCACUCACACCUUCCCUCAUCUCCCUCACUCACACCUUCCCUCAUCUCCCUCACUCACACCUUCCCUCAUCUCCCUCACUCACACCUUCCCUCAUCUCCCUCACUCACACCUUCCCUCAUCUCCCUCACUCACACCUUCCCUCAUCUCCCUCACUCACACCUUCCCUCAUCUCCCUCACUCACACCUUCCCUCAUCUCCCUCACUCACACCUUCCCUCAUCUCCCUCACUCACACCUUCCCUCAUCUCCCUCACUCACACCUUCCCUCAUCUCCCUCACUCACACCUUCCCUCAUCUCCCUCACUCACACCUUCCCUCAUCUCCCUCACUCACACCUUCCCUCAUCUCCCUCACUCACACCUUCCCUCAUCUCCCUCACUCACACCUUCCCUCAUCUCCCUCACUCACACCUUCCCUCAUCUCCCUCACUCACACCUUCCCUCAUCUCCCUCACUCACACCUUCCCUCAUCUCCCUCACUCACACCUUCCCUCAUCUCCCUCACUCACACCUUCCCUCAUCUCCCUCACUCACACCUUCCCUCAUCUCCCUCACUCACACCUUCCCUCAUCUCCCUCACUCACACCUUCCCUCAUCUCCCUCACUCACACCUUCCCUCAUCUCCCUCACUCACACCUUCCCUCAUCUCCCUCACUCACACCUUCCCUCAUCUCCCUCACUCACACCUUCCCUCAUCUCCCUCACUCACACCUUCCCUCAUCUCCCUCACUCACACCUUCCCUCAUCUCCCUCACUCACACCUUCCCUCAUCUCCCUCACUCACACCUUCCCUCAUCUCCCUCACUCACACCUUCCCUCAUCUCCCUCACUCACACCUUCCCUCAUCUCCCUCACUCACACCUUCCCUCAUCUCCCUCACUCACACCUUCCCUCAUCUCCCUCACUCACACCUUCCCUCAUCUCCCUCACUCACACCUUCCCUCAUCUCCCUCACUCACACCUUCCCUCAUCUCCCUCACUCACACCUUCCCUCAUCUCCCUCACUCACACCUUCCCUCAUCUCCCUCACUCACACCUUCCCUCAUCUCCCUCACUCACACCUUCCCUCAUCUCCCUCACUCACACCUUCCCUCAUCUCCCUCACUCACACCUUCCCUCAUCUCCCUCACUCACACCUUCCCUCAUCUCCCUCACUCACACCUUCCCUCAUCUCCCUCACUCACACCUUCCCUCAUCUCCCUCACUCACACCUUCCCUCAUCUCCCUCACUCACACCUUCCCUCAUCUCCCUCACUCACACCUUCCCUCAUCUCCCUCACUCACACCUUCCCUCAUCUCCCUCACUCACACCUUCCCUCAUCUCCCUCACUCACACCUUCCCUCAUCUCCCUCACUCACACCUUCCCUCAUCUCCCUCACUCACACCUUCCCUCAUCUCCCUCACUCACACCUUCCCUCAUCUCCCUCACUCACACCUUCCCUCAUCUCCCUCACUCACACCUUCCCUCAUCUCCCUCACUCACACCUUCCCUCAUCUCCCUCACUCACACCUUCCCUCAUCUCCCUCACUCACACCUUCCCUCAUCUCCCUCACUCACACCUUCCCUCAUCUCCCUCACUCACACCUUCCCUCAUCUCCCUCACUCACACCUUCCCUCAUCUCCCUCACUCACACCUUCCCUCAUCUCCCUCACUCACACCUUCCCUCAUCUCCCUCACUCACACCUUCCCUCAUCUCCCUCACUCACACCUUCCCUCAUCUCCCUCACUCACACCUUCCCUCAUCUCCCUCACUCACACCUUCCCUCAUCUCCCUCACUCACACCUUCCCUCAUCUCCCUCACUCACACCUUCCCUCAUCUCCCUCACUCACACCUUCCCUCAUCUCCCUCACUCACACCUUCCCUCAUCUCCCUCACUCACACCUUCCCUCAUCUCCCUCACUCACACCUUCCCUCAUCUCCCUCACUCACACCUUCCCUCAUCUCCCUCACUCACACCUUCCCUCAUCUCCCUCACUCACACCUUCCCUCAUCUCCCUCACUCACACCUUCCCUCAUCUCCCUCACUCACACCUUCCCUCAUCUCCCUCACUCACACCUUCCCUCAUCUCCCUCACUCACACCUUCCCUCAUCUCCCUCACUCACACCUUCCCUCAUCUCCCUCACUCACACCUUCCCUCAUCUCCCUCACUCACACCUUCCCUCAUCUCCCUCACUCACACCUUCCCUCAUCUCCCUCACUCACACCUUCCCUCAUCUCCCUCACUCACACCUUCCCUCAUCUCCCUCACUCACACCUUCCCUCAUCUCCCUCACUCACACCUUCCCUCAUCUCCCUCACUCACACCUUCCCUCAUCUCCCUCACUCACACCUUCCCUCAUCUCCCUCACUCACACCUUCCCUCAUCUCCCUCACUCACACCUUCCCUCAUCUCCCUCACUCACACCUUCCCUCAUCUCCCUCACUCACACCUUCCCUCAUCUCCCUCACUCACACCUUCCCUCAUCUCCCUCACUCACACCUUCCCUCAUCUCCCUCACUCACACCUUCCCUCAUCUCCCUCACUCACACCUUCCCUCAUCUCCCUCACUCACACCUUCCCUCAUCUCCCUCACUCACACCUUCCCUCAUCUCCCUCACUCACACCUUCCCUCAUCUCCCUCACUCACACCUUCCCUCAUCUCCCUCACUCACACCUUCCCUCAUCUCCCUCACUCACACCUUCCCUCAUCUCCCUCACUCACACCUUCCCUCAUCUCCCUCACUCACACCUUCCCUCAUCUCCCUCACUCACACCUUCCCUCAUCUCCCUCACUCACACCUUCCCUCAUCUCCCUCACUCACACCUUCCCUCAUCUCCCUCACUCACACCUUCCCUCAUCUCCCUCACUCACACCUUCCCUCAUCUCCCUCACUCACACCUUCCCUCAUCUCCCUCACUCACACCUUCCCUCAUCUCCCUCACUCACACCUUCCCUCAUCUCCCUCACUCACACCUUCCCUCAUCUCCCUCACUCACACCUUCCCUCAUCUCCCUCACUCACACCUUCCCUCAUCUCCCUCACUCACACCUUCCCUCAUCUCCCUCACUCACACCUUCCCUCAUCUCCCUCACUCACACCUUCCCUCAUCUCCCUCACUCACACCUUCCCUCAUCUCCCUCACUCACACCUUCCCUCAUCUCCCUCACUCACACCUUCCCUCAUCUCCCUCACUCACACCUUCCCUCAUCUCCCUCACUCACACCUUCCCUCAUCUCCCUCACUCACACCUUCCCUCAUCUCCCUCACUCACACCUUCCCUCAUCUCCCUCACUCACACCUUCCCUCAUCUCCCUCACUCACACCUUCCCUCAUCUCCCUCACUCACACCUUCCCUCAUCUCCCUCACUCACACCUUCCCUCAUCUCCCUCACUCACACCUUCCCUCAUCUCCCUCACUCACACCUUCCCUCAUCUCCCUCACUCACACCUUCCCUCAUCUCCCUCACUCACACCUUCCCUCAUCUCCCUCACUCACACCUUCCCUCAUCUCCCUCACUCACACCUUCCCUCAUCUCCCUCACUCACACCUUCCCUCAUCUCCCUCACUCACACCUUCCCUCAUCUCCCUCACUCACACCUUCCCUCAUCUCCCUCACUCACACCUUCCCUCAUCUCCCUCACUCACACCUUCCCUCAUCUCCCUCACUCACACCUUCCCUCAUCUCCCUCACUCACACCUUCCCUCAUCUCCCUCACUCACACCUUCCCUCAUCUCCCUCACUCACACCUUCCCUCAUCUCCCUCACUCACACCUUCCCUCAUCUCCCUCACUCACACCUUCCCUCAUCUCCCUCACUCACACCUUCCCUCAUCUCCCUCACUCACACCUUCCCUCAUCUCCCUCACUCACACCUUCCCUCAUCUCCCUCACUCACACCUUCCCUCAUCUCCCUCACUCACACCUUCCCUCAUCUCCCUCACUCACACCUUCCCUCAUCUCCCUCACUCACACCUUCCCUCAUCUCCCUCACUCACACCUUCCCUCAUCUCCCUCACUCACACCUUCCCUCAUCUCCCUCACUCACACCUUCCCUCAUCUCCCUCACUCACACCUUCCCUCAUCUCCCUCACUCACACCUUCCCUCAUCUCCCUCACUCACACCUUCCCUCAUCUCCCUCACUCACACCUUCCCUCAUCUCCCUCACUCACACCUUCCCUCAUCUCCCUCACUCACACCUUCCCUCAUCUCCCUCACUCACACCUUCCCUCAUCUCCCUCACUCACACCUUCCCUCAUCUCCCUCACUCACACCUUCCCUCAUCUCCCUCACUCACACCUUCCCUCAUCUCCCUCACUCACACCUUCCCUCAUCUCCCUCACUCACACCUUCCCUCAUCUCCCUCACUCACACCUUCCCUCAUCUCCCUCACUCACACCUUCCCUCAUCUCCCUCACUCACACCUUCCCUCAUCUCCCUCACUCACACCUUCCCUCAUCUCCCUCACUCACACCUUCCCUCAUCUCCCUCACUCACACCUUCCCUCAUCUCCCUCACUCACACCUUCCCUCAUCUCCCUCACUCACACCUUCCCUCAUCUCCCUCACUCACACCUUCCCUCAUCUCCCUCACUCACACCUUCCCUCAUCUCCCUCACUCACACCUUCCCUCAUCUCCCUCACUCACACCUUCCCUCAUCUCCCUCACUCACACCUUCCCUCAUCUCCCUCACUCACACCUUCCCUCAUCUCCCUCACUCACACCUUCCCUCAUCUCCCUCACUCACACCUUCCCUCAUCUCCCUCACUCACACCUUCCCUCAUCUCCCUCACUCACACCUUCCCUCAUCUCCCUCACUCACACCUUCCCUCAUCUCCCUCACUCACACCUUCCCUCAUCUCCCUCACUCACACCUUCCCUCAUCUCCCUCACUCACACCUUCCCUCAUCUCCCUCACUCACACCUUCCCUCAUCUCCCUCACUCACACCUUCCCUCAUCUCCCUCACUCACACCUUCCCUCAUCUCCCUCACUCACACCUUCCCUCAUCUCCCUCACUCACAUCAGAUCUACCCCAACGCGAGCUGGUGGAAGAAGGACAUGACGCUCAUUCUCAAGGGCCCCGCUCUCUCCCACGGCGACGUGCGCUGCCUCGAUCCCCCCGCGUGCUCGCAACUCGACCUCACCUACCGCCUCUGGGACGUGGGGGAGUACAGGUGCGUAAUAAAGGGGUUAUUAGUGGUUGGAAUGGGUUGGACUGGGUGGGCAUGGUUUAACUCGACCCCCCCGCCUGCUCCCAGCUCGCCCGCACCUACCGCCUCUGGGACGUGGGGCAGUACAGGUGCGUGCCAAAGGGUGGAGAGGGAGGGGUGGGAAUGGGUGGGAAUGGGUGGGAAUGGGCUGGAAUGGGUGUACGGUCAGUCAUCACUAGUACAGGCAGUCGUGGGGGCACAGCAGAGGGCAUGGUUCGGUUCGGUUCAACUUGUCCCCCCCGCCUGCUCCCAGCUCGACCUGACCUACCGUCUCUGGGACGUGGGGCGGUGCAGGUGCGUGCCAGGGGGUGGGAAUGGGUGGAAACGGGUUGAAAUGGGUGUUAUGUCGAUCAUCACUGUGGCACAGCAGAGGGCAUGA